UUCAUUGACGGUCGUCUGGAUAUUCUUAACAAAGGGAAGGAUCCAGAUGAUCUAUUUGAGGACGAGAUCAUAAAAUGUGAAACAACAGCAGGAAGAAGCAAAUCUUAUCAGCAGCUGGUUGGAAAUUUAAAGAAAGGGGGCGGAGCUCUAAUCCUCAACAUGAAGAYCAAAGCAAACAUGAAAGCCAAAGGUCUCAGCAAGUCAGGUUUGAAAAACCUGCUAAUUCACAAGAGCCACAAUGAAGGUCAAAUCCUUCAGAGAGGAGGAUCGAUGUCACAUCGUCGUGUUCAGUCUGACAGUUUGCAGAACCGCCUGCCGAUCACACAACAUUUUGGGAAGUCACGACCGCGCCGGCCGGUUUUCAGAGACAAAGAAAACACAAAGGAURCUGAAGCUGUAUGGGAGAGAGCUGUGUCUGGGCAUGUGGAUGAGCCUGAUUCUGAGCUCCAGAAGGAUGAAGAAGAAGAGGGGGAUGACUCUCCCCUWUGUGACCCAGAAGAGAUGGAUCUUCUUGGGGAGAUCUUUGACACGCUCAGUGCACGCAGCUCCCACGACCGAGGCCUGCUGUAUGGCACUCGCAGCUUGGAUUUGUUUGGACCAGACAGCCAUGACUUCAUCAUGAAGCACGGUCCAGCCAACCCCAGCCAGGAGAGUCUGUCUCUGUCCAUCAGUGGCAGCGACAGUCUGCACAGCUGGAAUCUGGAAACCACUGAGGAGCUGUCAGAUCUGACAGAGGACUCUAAUUCUCUGUACCUGGAUGCCAGCUUGACCGAGGAGGGGGCUGAUAAUCUCCAUGUGGCAUGCAAAAUGAUAGAGGACAGAAGUGGACAGACAGAGGAUGGAGAGAAAUGUGAAGAAACUAAUGGAGCAAUAAUCAGGAAGGAGAUAGAAGAAGAAACGUUUAACAAAAAUAACUUUAAGGAAGUGAGGUUAGAAGAAGAGAUACAGAAAACYCCUGGGGAGGUUGGUGUAAAUGAAAUAACCAAAGGAAACAAGAAUGAAGAGUUAAAAGAGAAAAGGAACGAUGGUGACACUCAGAAUGAGGAGGAGGGGCAGGAGAGAGGAAUAAAUGAAGUAAUGGAAAUACAAGAAAGUGUGUUUAAGGAAGAGGAGAAAGAGAAAAAUGAGACAAAAAGUMAAGKAACUGAACAGUCUUURAACAAAAGCAUAAAACUGAAUCCUGUGGAAGAACAAACUGCAGUCCCACCUGAGACGCAGAGUCUUGCUGCGGACCAUAAACCUGCAGAACAUCAGGAGAAAUCRAAUGAAACCCCUCCAAAGAAUGAGAAGCACACAGUUCGACUGGCUUCCUCUCCCACCAUAGUGGUGUCUGCUGUGACACGUUUCCAGUCUCAGGACUCCAGUCAGACUUUUCAGUUAAGGUCUGUACCAAAGGCUUCAUCUGAGUCUGUGUUUCAAUGCAGGGAGAAAACACAAACUCACCCUCUGAGUAGGUCAGACACAAACAGUGAGACACCUGAGGAGGAAGACCACCCUCCACUCAAAGUGUCUGAGCUGAAGAAAAGAUUUGAAACAUGAAGAAGAACGCUGGUAAUGUUCAAAGGUUUGUCAUUGUGAACACAUGAAAAUAAUAAAGACAUCUCAUCCUCAAA